AAGAUGGAACACUAUUGAAACGGGCUGAUGAGUAUGAACAAGGCUCUUCACAACCACAAAGUGCAGAAUUGCCGCCAAAAAAGAGACGGAAGUAUAAUACGCCAGAGGAAGUCAAAGAAGCUAAACACAAAUCGAACAAUAAAUAUAGACUUUAGUAUACCAAUGCUGGCAUGGAAGAUGCGAUGAAACAAUUAAGCGGAGAUGAGUUGCUCAAGCACUUAGAUACAGCUGAACAGAUGAGGGAGAAAUUCAGAAUUCAGGCCAAGAAAGCAUAUCGAGAUUUGGUAGCUCGGGGAGGGCGAAGAGUUAAUACAUGGAAAAAGCAAUUCUCAGGGAUAAAGAUCAAAGAGAAACAAAAUGAGUUAAAGGGUGAUGAGCUAUUGCUUUUUAACGAAAAAGCUCGAAAGUAUAAAGCAAGCAGAGCCGCACGCGAUGCUCGACGUUACCAGAGAAAUAAAGACAAAGUUCUAGCAAAAGCCAAAGAACAAAGAAGGGAAAAGCGUGAAGCAAGGCAAGCUGAAAACGAUAGAGAAAUUUCUUCGAUUAGACGAAAGUAUAAUGAGAAUGAUGUAAGAGCUGCAAAUCGAGUCGCUUUAGGCCAAGUUGGAAGCGUCUUUCAGCCACACAAGCAACCGAAAACUGGUGGAGGUACACAGGAUCGUCCCAAUGAGCAGGUCUAAGAUUUUGCGCAUCGCUUUCGUCUGUUAGACAUUUCAGCAUAUCGCCCCGUGAAAGAUCGGGGCAAUGAAGCCUAUUUGCAUUUA